GAGCGUGGCGCACCGUGCCGCCAUGGAAGAGGUGAGCCCUGUAAGGAGUUUGCCCACAGGGACGCUCAGCGUCACAGCUGUCACAGCUGCCACAGCUGCCACACCCACGUCACGCACGUCCAGAGGUGCCAGCUCUCACUAUCGCAAAGUAGAGACCAAUGAAACCAUAGAGCCCCACCAGGUUCGAUGGAGGAGUUUGAUCAUGUCAAACCAGAACCUUUUGCGCAGCACUCCAGACUAUGUGGUGCUUCAUUCUUUUGGACGGGUCUUCCGCGAUUUUCCUGAUGGUUUUGACACCUUCAAGCUGUCAGAUACGACCCACAAACUUCAUGUUUUCAUCUCGCACAACUGGGCCACCGGUCGGUUCAUCAAGUUCAUGGCUUUGGUCUUUCACUUCAACCACAAUAGUGCUUCCAUCGCAGCAGCCAUUGCCUACAUUGUCACCGUGUUCCUGGUGAUGCUGUCUGCAAAGGACAUUGAUGUAGAAGAACGAGUGAACGACCUUUACUCUAUCUGCCACUUGGGCACUGCAGUGUGUAUCGCUACCUAUUGGCUUUGUCUUCUUUUUUGGCACGAUGUGAAAUGGUUAUUUUGCUGCCGUGGCAAGCGCGUUUUCCUGGACCGGUGCUGUAUUCACCAGAACGACGAAGACUUGAAACAGCAAGGCAUAGAACAUCUGGAUGUGUUCUUGCAAUUGUCUGACAAGAUGCUGGUGGUUUAUUCGGAGCUUUACACCAAGAAGCUUUGGACCAUGUACGAGUUGGCGACCUUCCUUCCAAAGCGGGGUCCAAGAAGAUUGGUCGUUCUGCCCACCUUCCUGAUCCGCUGUACCAUCGUGGCAGUGCCCGUGCUGAUGCUGCAUUGCGUUUGGGUGCAAGUGCUCCUGGUGCCAAAGGUCCAGGCACAUAGUGAACGGCUGCUGCCUGACGCGCGGCUGGCCAUUGGCAUCCUGGACCUUCCGUUGCUCUUGGCCGUGACCUGGGCCUUUCGUAGCUGGGCCAAGGCGGAGCGGCAGAUGCUGAAGAACAUCAGGACGUUUCAUUAUGGUGAUGCAAACUGCCUGAAGGAGUCUGACCGAAUUAUGGUCUAUGCCAACAUCGCAAGGUACAUGAGAGACACCAAGGCAGUGACUGCUGCUGCCACGGAUGAGGAUGCUUUGUUAGCCUUCAACGAAUUGGUGAAGACCGAAGUGCCAAUGGCCGUCACCAAAUCCCUGGGAGGUUGGGGUAUCCCGGUGCGCUAUCUCUGUGUCAUCCUGCUCCCUUUGAUGACCAACAUCUUGGACUACGUGGCGGCCGCGCCAUACCUCUAUAGCGAGCCACUGGCCAUGGCCAUGUGUGCCACAGGAUUGAUCGCCUUGGCCCUGUGUUCUUUGGUUUGCCUCACCUUCCUCCUUUGGCUUACCAAGAGAUGUCUUGAUGUGACCGGCUUGCAGCAGUGGCUCCUCAUCGUUGGCUUCAGCAUUCUGCAGCUGUGCCCCUUUGCUUUGGUCUACUUCCUGGUUGAGCUGCUGAAAACCUCGGCCGCUGAGGGAUCUGAGGGUGAGAGCUGGCCGUUUCUAUGCCUCUUGGCUUUGGCUCUUGGAGAACUUCUCUUACUGGUCUUGUGCCAUUGCCCUUGCCACGAUCGAAACGAAGAAUUGCUGCGCUCCAACAAGCGCGCCUUGUACUCCUACAGGGUCCGAUUUGCCAAGCAAUUCACCAUGUCCGGGAGAGACUCUCGGAGAUCCUCCCCGAAACAUGAAAGGGCCAAGAGUGUCAAGAGCUUUAAGAGCGAUGCCAGAAGUGAACCACCAGACGUGCUGACCGCCCAGCGGAGUGAGCGUGUGGUGCACAUCAAUAGCCUGGCAAGCAUCUUCACCAGCUCCAAUUCCAAAGAAACUUCUUGUGUAGAGACCAGGGUGUGAGUCUCUCAGAAUCUUGGGCAUUUUGUGCCAUGUGUGAUUCCUAUCUAUAUUCUACCAUACUCUAUGUAUAUGCCGCAUAGCCUUUGCUAAAAUUGCUGGCAACAUGGCCUGAUGGAUUGCUCUGUGCGUGCAGAGUUGCCCUUCAAGCCAGCUUGAAAGAGCAUUCGUGCCAUGUUCCCAGGGGGUUCAGUUGACCCGAUUCUAU